AUGGACGAUGAGGAGUUUGUAGGUUGCAUUAAUUGUAUGAGUACAACCGAUUUAUGCGACCUAUUUGUUUGUUAUGCAAAUAAUGAACAAACUUAUGGACAAAUGCUUGAAACCUGUUUCGAUGUGAAGGUUACUAAUGAUUUUAAAUAUAUAUGCGCAAAUUGUGUUGAAAAACUAGAAAAAGCAUACACAUUUAAACUACAAACAGUUAAAAAUAUUGACAUGCUGCAGAGUAUCAAAGAUGAAGAGUAUCUAGAUGAAACAAUAUUAGAAACAGAUGAAUCUCAAGAUAAAUCACAGACACAAAAAAUUGUGAUUCUUAGAAAACGUGGCAAGGAUGGAGAUAGGAGAGAGGAUGAUGAUGACGAGGAAGAGCAUGAGAUAGAAGCUCUGGAUGAGACCACGUGUAUAUACUGCAAUCUGCAGUUAGACUCAGUCGAGGGUAUUCAUCAUCAUAUACGGAUCGUACACGGUCUGGAACCUCGUACUGGACGGAAAGUGAGAGAGUGCAACCUCUGUGGUGCAUCUCUAAGGGAUUUGGCUGAUCAUUUUAAAAGAUGUCACAACUCGAACUUUGAAUCUGAGGAGCGUCAGUACGCGUGUCAUUUUUGUGAUAACGUAUAUAAUAGUAAGAAGGCGUGCUUCACACAUUUGAGAAUGAAACAUGGAUUGAAACUCUGCAACGAUCACACGCCCAAAUAUUCUUCCCGCGAUCGUAAGAAAUGUCACAUCUGUGGGCGAGAUUUCAGCCAGAAGCAAAUACUUAAUAAUCAUUUAUGGAAAGCGCAUGGGUUUGAGGUGGAAAAACGUAAAGCUUUCUUUUGCCCACUUUGUUCGGAGAGAGUGAGUUAUGGAGCAAAUUUUAGCGCUCAUCUCUCAGAACGACACAACGUCACUGAAGAAAUUGAACAUUUGGAGUUCAGUACUAUGAAUGAUUUUCUUCUCUACAAAAGUGCGAUACAAGAAGAAACUAAGUUCCGUUUCCGUAAAACUACGGCCAGCAAGCAGACGAUUGAAGGUGUUCGGUCUCAUUACAUGUGCAGUCAGUCCGGGAUUUAUGUUUACCAGGGUAAAGGCAAGCGUCCAGCCCCCGAGCGACAAAUAUACAAAACGGGUAAAGCGUGUCCCGCGCACAUGAUUGUUACCGAAACGCUGGAUAAAGUGUUGGUCACCUUCUACAAAACUCAUGUUGGACAUGGGACUAUUUCAAAGUAUAGAGGAAUGGACGAUUCAUGUCAGAGCGGAACAUCGAGCGUCAGAGUUGCUAUAACA